UAACAUGCAUAUGAAAAAUAUAAAAAAUCUUAUUGAUCAGCAACGUCCGUCGUCAGUGAUCAAACAUUUCAUUGAAAUGACGACAGAGAAUGGGCUAGAUGCCUCCGGUUCCCAGGGAAUAAAGGUCUCAUUACAAACAUUGAUCAGACGUUGUCUUCAGAUAACCCCCGGGUUAUCAAUCUUCUCCGUGAUAUUGAAAGGGCAAAUCAGCAACCGGUCCAAGGUCAACAGGAAAAUGGUGUUCCGAGAAAUGACGUCAUAGCUAAAAUGUCGUCAACAGGCGUCCUUGGCCAACACCCUAACACUAUCGACAUGGCACCAGGUCAUGGUAGCAUUGUAGAUGGUGUUAAUGCCGAGGUACUUCUCAACAGCAAUGCUAAUUUACACGGUGUAAUCAAUAGUAAGGAUUCCAAACGGUAUAGACCAGCCAAUGGAAAUUCCGUGUUACACAGUUCAAAGUUAGAGAAUACUAAAAAUAGGGCACCUUACCAAGGAUUCCGUACGUCAGGCACAGACAAUGAUAUCCAUUUCGGUGAAAUCAGCCUCAAAGUGAAAAGCGUCAACGCUGAGGCAAGGCCAUUGGAGGAGGCGGAGGUAGGCGGACCAGGAAACGUUGUUCCAGGAUCUAAUAACAGUGUGAAGAAUAGCGAGCAAACACAGAAAGGAGAUGUGUCAAACGGGAAAUAUUCAAACAAUGGUAAUACUAUAGAUCAAAAUGUAGGUAGGACAAAUGUAAACAAAGCAACAAUUAACACAGGAAACAAAAGAGUGAAAACAGACACCAAAAAUGUACAGUCUAGUAUAGAUAGCUCUAGUGCUAGUACAAUAAACCCAGUUGUACAUACAGAAUCGUCAGCAAAGUCAGAAUCUAACACGAACCCUUCACAGAAAGAAAGCAACACAAAACCAAGCACACAAUCAAAGUCUUCAAGCACGGCAAGAAGUCAAACAAGGGUUGCUCAACAGACCGUGUCGGGCACCAUAGGGCAACAGACCGCGAGAGGCGCACGAAUACAACAUCAGGCGCAACGCCGAAUACAAAGACCGACCCAGGGAGGUUUCGGUACGCCGUGGAGGGGCGGGGUAGACGGCGGUGGGGUGUGGAAAGCAGCAGCCAGAAAUGAAGCGAGAGAGCUCGUGUUGGAGAAGGAAGGACAUUGGAACUCGGUGAAUAUCACCACCAUAGGGAGAAAGAGCAACAUGUGCCCUGUGUAUGACGUCACGUAUCAGGAAAACGCCGUUAUCCUCUCUACUGGUCACAACUCGUGUCAAAUCGUUAUCACAUGGCAUCAAAGACCGAAAAACAACCCAUUUCAGCAACAGGCGUCGUUUGGUGUGACAGGGCACUUUAUCACCGGAAUGCGCUACGUUCCUGUGGUGACGUAUGUGAAUGCUAGAUGACGUCACUUCCGAUCAAAACGUGAACACUAGAGGUGACUGCUGACCUCGUGCAAAUAAGAGAAAAAAAUGGAAUUUGUGACACAAAAGUGAUUCUGUCAUCAAACUUGGAGAUAAGGAGAGUUUCCGUGUGAUGUGUGAGAACCGUAGACAUGGCCUAUUUAUUCUUUGUGAGACGCUUAAUUUGUGACGUCAUACCUCCAGCGACUCAAGUAUGACUGAACUGAGGUUUUAGUGGACAAGUUACUGUUGAAUGUUUAAUUUUGUCGAGUAUUUAAUUUCGCUUUUAACAGUAAACAUAAUAAACGCGAACAGGCUGUGCUCUUUAUUGCACGAAUAUAUACCUCUAUUGAUGAUUCUAUACAACCCCAAACCAUGUGCAGAUAUUUAAAUAAUGUCGAUUCUUCUUUUCGUAAUAAUUGAGGUUGUAAAAAUUAUUAACAGAUUCUAGAAAAUUACAUAAAUAAAAACAAAUUUUGUUUUGCUUUUUGAUAAUUUCCACUAAAAACAUUUUCGUUUCAUAAUUAAUUUCGGUAAAAGUGCGAGAAUGAUUUAUCUAAAAUAAUUAGUGAAGUAACUGACGAGUCCCCGUACGUCAUUCGUUAAACAAUAGGGUAUUGUAGUUAUUGAUUACGAUUACUUGGAUAAUUCACAAUGAAAUAUGAAUGCUCUGUCAUAAUGGAAUAUCCUGCCAAUAUGUCCGUAAUACUUACUAUAUCAAAUAUAACAGCGAGUUAGAUAGCGUUAUGGUCUUCAUCAGGCCUAAAACGUAUAUAAUACCUAGACGCAGUUUGCUCAAGGAAUGUUAAAUAUAAUGUUUAAAUGAUCAGUGUAUAUAUUACUGUUAUUAUCUAUAUCUUCUGUUAACGGGAAGAAUGUGUGACGUGUUGAUGAAAGUGAUUUGAUGACGAUUGUCUUUAUGUUUUGUGUGGCUGAAUGCGUUACAUUACUGACUUUUACCAAAACAUCCAAUUAAGCUUAUUAACUAAUAAUUAUACAAACGUUACUGUUGCCGUCAAACCAUGCAUUGUUUCAUUUUGUAUAUUGUAUAUUGUUAAUAUAACGAAACAAAAUUUUAAUUAUACUUUGCUAGUCAAAUUUGUACACUCAUGAACAUUAAAGUUUGUAUUUAAAUCGUUGAAAGUGAAAUCAGUCGUUAAUUAUAAUAAAGAAAAAAAUCAAGGUAAUUACCCUGAUUGGUUUUAAUUAAGUUUAAAGUUAAUAUUCAGUAGUCAGUGUCUGAAAUGAUAUCUCGAUUUACGUUUAAUAUCACUGACAAGUGUGAUAGGAAAAUAGCUAAAUCAUUGUCGAAAGUGAUGAGUGAUGAAAUAAUGAUGUAGGAUUAUUUAAGUGUAAAUAAUCUACUGAUACAUGUAUACAAAUAUAUUUGAAUUUCCUGUCGUAGUUGUACCGAAAGAAAUAUAUAUAAUAUAUGUACAAUUCGUAUCCAUGUAUGUAAAUACAUUGCGAUCCAGGUAUUCUAUAUCACCUUAUAGACGACUUCCCCAAUGAUCAUGUCAGGGUAUCGGGCCGACCAUCACUGCGCCAUUGAAACGUUCUUUUUUUAAGAACGCCGAUGUGGCGCAGCGGUAUAAGCUGCGGGUAUUUCUGGCUAGGCGAUUGGGUGCCGUAGAUCGUGAGUUCGAGGCCCGGUCAGGGCACGAGUCAAAAAGUUGUCUUGCUUCGUCAUUUGUGUUGCUAAGUUAUACAUGUACAUGUACAUAUAUUUAUAUAUAUAUGUACAUGCUUCGUCAUACGUUAGGUAUAUACAGUUGAAGAUGAUGCAGUGAUUGGUGUAGAUUGUAAUUACAAAACUAUUAAGUAAUUCUGUAAAUUAGACACUAGAUAGUAUGGAGUGUGUUAGGAAAGAAUGGAUGGAAUGUAUUUAUUAUAUACAUUACUCAUUAAAUUGUCAGGAAAAAUCAGCUAAUAAGCUGAGUUAAUUAAAGUUGCUUAGUUAAUGAA